CUGCCCCUAAUAAAUCUUUUUUAUUGUGCCAUCGUCUUCCACACGCUUCCAGUCCUUCAAUAUCUUCUUCUUCUUCUGCGUACAAAUCUCCAUCAAAUCUCUUAACUCUCACAAUCUCCUUCACUUUUCCCCAAAUCUAAACCCUAACCCUAGGGUUCUGCCAUGACCAGCAACACCGAAGAACGCAAAGACCGUCUCACCUCCGACGACGAAUCGGAAGAACCGUUCAAACGCCACAAGCACCGCCACCACCACCGUCGCCGCCACAACCGUCAUCACAGCCGCAAACACGACUUCUCUGCCGCCGUUGCCGGUUAAUCAGACGGUUGAGUAUGAUAUGGAGGAAGGAGAGAUUGUGGAAGAAGACGGUGGUUGCCCUCAUAACACCAAUACAUGGCGGAUGUCAACGGCAGCAGCAUAUGGAUCCAGUGCACCAGCGGCUCACUCUACACCUUCUCCUUCUACUCUUCAGCCCUCAAAUCCAGUCAAGGCUACAACCAAUCAACCCUGGAUACCAUCUCCGUCUUCAAAGACAUCGGCGGAAACUUCGGUGUUCUUUCUGGUCUCAUCUACACCGCCACUUUCCGACGAACAAGAGGGUUUUCUUGGCUUGAGUGGAGCUAUACUGCUUCAAGUAUAUAAAACAGCUUUCAACGCUGGAGUUUUAUAAAACUCUCCACCCCACUUUCAUCUUAGAAAUCCUAACACCAACCCACCAUCACCGGUCCAUCAUCCAUCUCCGGCACCACCAUAUCCGGCCACCUUUCCACACUCCUUUAACCCUUUCCCCACAACACUUUCGCUAGAAACCCCACUUCCCAACUAAGACUGUUAUCAUCUCCGGUCUUACCGCCAUCUCCAAACGGCUUUCAGAGAGAGAGAGCGAGAACGAGAGACGUCGGGUGGUACGGCACCACCACCGGAAACACCGCCAUCAUCUCCAAUCGCACCACCACCGCUAAUAUGUGUUUAAAAACUGUCUAGGGUUCUCAUUUGAUCACGGUGUACGAUAAAGGAAGUUGAAAUCAGCAUGUCAGCGCCUAAUGAUUAGAUCGUAAAGAGGCCUAAACACAAUCAUGUAUCGUUACUGAUUAAUUAUACAAUUUGAUUUGUUCUAAUUUAUUCAGGUGAUUGUUCGUUUUCUGCUAUAUGAUAUGUGAUCCUGUUGUGUUUUGAUUCCGCUCACAGUACUGGUGUGUGUGACACAGGAUUAUUGUAUAAAAAUCUCACAAUUUUGUGUUUAUGUGAACCUAAAUUUCCUGUUUUUGUGAUCGAAUUACUAUUGUUCAUAGCUAGACAAUUCUAAGUGAUUUGGUUAUGGUUUUCGCCUUUCAUGUAUUGGAUUAUAACAUGCACGGCAAAUGUUUGUGUUCAUGUGCUGGAUAAAAAUCAUACCAAUAAGGCGAGAGCGACUAUGUUAAUUCAAUGGCUGGGGCUUUUAAUUUGUG